UCUUGUUUUCUCCCCAAACCAGGAUUUUUCAUUCCCAAGGAGUGGCCGGAUGGAGGAGGAGGAAAAGCCCCGGAGAUGCCGCACGAGGAGGGGCUGCAAACCCAGCGCAGGGAGCUGCGAGGAGCAAAGACCCCCCCUGUGCCAGGAGGGCGGCCGGAGAUCCAGCCAGAGCUCCGAGCUGGUGGAGAAGGCUCAUGGAGGGGAGAAGCCCCACAAGUGCUUGGAAUGUGGGCAGGGUUUCAGCCGGAGAUCCAGACUGAUCCGGCACCAGGUGAUCCACACUGGGGAACGGCCCUAUGGGUGUGGGGAAUGUGGGAAGAGCUUCAGCCAGAGCUCCUACCUGAUCCAGCACAAGAGGAUCCACACUGGGGAAAAGCCCUUUGAGUGUGGGGAGUGUGGGAACAGCUUCAGGUGUAGCUCCCACCUGAGGAGACACCAGAGGAUCCACACUGGGGAGAAGCCCUACGAGUGUGGGGAGUGUGGGAAGAGCUUCAGCCGGAAGGGCCACCUGAUACAACACCAGGUGAUCCACACGGGGGAGAGGCCCUAUGAGUGUGAUGAAUGUGGGAUGAGCUUCAGCCAGAAACGAACUCUUAUGCAACACCAGAGGAUCCACACUGGGGAACAGCCCUAUGAAUGUGUGGAAUGUGGGAAGAGCUUCAGUCAGAGCUCUGGCCUGAGGAAACACCAGAGGAUCCACACUGGGGAAAAGCCCUACCACUGUGGAGAAUGUGGGAAGAGCUUCAUCCAGAGAUUCCACCUGAUACAACACCAGGGGAUCCACACUGGGGAAAAGCCCUACGAGUGUGGGGAAUGUGGGAAGAGCUUCAGAAACAGCUACAACCUGAUCCAGCACCAGGUGAUCCACACUGGGGAAGGGCUCUACACCUGCUUGGAAUGUGGGAAGGGCUUUGGAUAUAGCUCCGACCUGAGAAAGCACCAGCGCCUCCACACCGGGGAGAGGCCCUACGAGUGUCCCGAGUGUGGGAAGAGGUUUCGGGUCAGCUCCACUCUCCUCGUACAUCAGCGGAGUCACACAGAGGAGAGGCCCUUCCGCUGCCCCGACUGUGGGAAGGGCUUCAAGCACAACUCACACCUCACUGUCCACCGGCGCAUCCACACCGGGGAGAGGCCCUACGAGUGUCCUGAGUGUGGGAAGAGCUUCUCCAGGGCUUCUAUCUUGAGUAAACACCAACGGAAGCACCGCUAAGGGAAGCGCUGCGAGUGCCCCGAGAGCGGGAAGAGCUUCGUGCGCUGCUCCAGCUCCAUCCCCCGUGGGAGGAUCGGCCUUGGAUGAUCCCCAGUGACCCCCGUUGGGCAGAGCCCUGCUGAUCCGUGGUCCUGGUGAUCUCCUUUGGGUGGGGGGAAGGUGUUGAAGAGAUUUCUUUCCCUUCUCCUGUGGGAGUUGGCCAAGCUGAAACAACUCUAAACUUAAGGCUGAGGGAAACCCCUUACUAGUGAUGGCAGGUAGUAAAGGUUCUUGGGAAUUUACAUGUUAAUGAAGUUGUUCCGUUUAUGUUUUUAUGCUUGGUCAGUUAUCUUGUACAAAUAUGGUUAUCUUCCCAGUGUGAGUGUCUGACUGGACCCUUACCCUCAGACCUACCCUAUAUAUUGUCAUGUUUUCCUCAGUUCCGGGUCUUCCCUGGGUUACCCCCACAGAGUUCUCCCGGGUACUGUGCACAGUUUUUGGGCACCGUCCCUAUUUUCUUCUUUCUGUUAUUAAAGUAUUGUUUUUCUAGUGCCAACCGUC